UAGGGGCAGGAGAAGUGGGGCUCGUGGGCUUGCCGCAGAGGCGGAGGCAGCGAAGGCGCAGGGCCGGGAAAGCCGUGUCGGGAGGUGCGGAGAAGUUUGUUUGUGUUUCCGCUGGAUGCCGGCCCGGGCCCGGGCCCGUUCCAGGGCUGUUCCUCAGCUGCGGCUUUGCCCUCGCCCAGCCCGGGGGGCCCUGAGAGCGCGGGGCGAGGCGGUGCCGUGUGCAGAGCCCGCCCCUCGCUGCGAUUGGCCGGCUGUGCCGUCAGUCGUGGUUGUGGCGCGCUGAUUGGUGAGAGCGGGGCGAAGCACGGCCCCGCUGGCGGCCUGAGGGCGGCCCUGGCUGGGCAGCGGCGCCAUUGGCGGAGCGUCUGUGCGGGCCCGGGAGCGGCGGCAGCGGCCGGAGGCCGGGGAGGCGGCAUUGGCGGAGCUGGGAGGCGGCCCCGGCGCAGGAUUUGUCAUUGCCAGGGCGUGGCUGGAUGGAGGAGGAGGAAGAGCCCCAGAGAUCCUGCCCGGGGAGUGGCUGCAAACCCAGCCCAGGGAGCUGCGGGGAGCAAAGAGCCCCCCUGAGCCAGGAAGGCGGCCGGAGAUCCAGCCGGAGCUCGGAGCUGGUGGAGAAGGCUCAUGGCAGGGAGAAGCCACACAAGUGCUUGGAAUGUGGGCAGAGCUUCAGCUGGAGCUCCAAGCUGAUCCGGCACCAGAGGAUCCAUACUGGGGAACAGCCCUACGAGUGUGGGGAGUGUAGGAAGAGCUUCAGAGACAGCUCCCACCUGAUCGAGCACCUGAGGAUCCACACUGGGGAACGGCCCUAUGAGUGUGGGGAGUGUGGGAAGAGCUUCAGAGUCAGCUCCAACCUGAACCAGCACCAGGUGAUCCACACUGGGGAAUGGCCCUACGUAUGUGGGGAGUGUGGGAAGGGCUUCAGCCGGAGCUCCAGCCUAAUCCGGCACCAGAGGAUCCACACUGGGGAACGGCCCUACGAGUGUGGCGAGUGUGGGAAGGGCUUCAGCUGGAGCUCCAGUCUGAUCCAGCACCAGAGGAUCCACACUGGGGAACGGCCCUACGAGUGUGGGGAGUGUGGGAAGAGCUUCAGAGACAGCUCCACCCUGAUCCAGCACCAGAGGAUCCACACUGGGGAACGGCCCUACGAGUGUGGGGAGUGUGGGAAGAGCUUCAGCUGCAGCUCCAAGCUGAUCCAGCACCAGAGGAUCCACACUGGGGAACGGCCCUACGAGUGCUUGGAAUGUGGAAAGGGAUUCACUAAGUGCUCCCACCUGAUCCGGCACCAGAGGAUCCACACUGGGGAACGGCCCUACGAGUGUGGGGAGUGUGGGAAGAGCUUUGGGCAGAGCUCAGACCUGAGAAUACACCAGCGCAUCCACACUGGGGAGAGGCCCUACGAGUGUCCCCAGUGUGGGAAGAGGUUUCAGACCACCUCCGAUCUCCUCAAACAUGAGCGGAUUCACACAGAUGAGAGUCCCUUCCGCUGCCCUGACUGCGGGAAAGGCUUCAAGCAAAACUCCCACCUCACCAGGCACCAGCGCAUCCACACCAGGGAGAGGCCCUACGAGUGUGGGGAGUGUGGGAAGAGCUUCUCCAGCAGCUCAACCCUGAAGAAACACCAACAGAGGCACCACUAAGGGAAGCCCUGUGAGUGCCCCGAGUGAGGGAAGAGCUUCGAGUGAGGGAGGAGAGUGAGGGAAGAGCUUCGUGUGCUGCUCCAGCUCCAUCCCCCAUGGGAGGCUCCGGGCUGGAUGAUCCCCAGGGACCCCCAUUGGGCAGAGCCCUGGUGAUCCCAAU